GAAGAAACACAGCCCAGCCGCACAUCCCGGUUUGAGUGACACAGAUACAGGCUUACAGCUCGACGCACGGGAGAGAGAGAUUGGAGAAGAGAAGGAGAGACAGGGAGGGAGAGAGAUAAUGGAAAGAGAGAGGAAAUACAUAUUGGAUUAACAAAAAAUACACCAACGGAGGACUAUUUUUCCCUCUCACAUUAAUCGGAAUACAGCGGGAUACGGUAUGGAGUCUAGUGAGCUAUUUUUAAGUGUGUUUGUCUGACACACUUUCAGCACCACUGAACAUCUGACGGUGGAACGGACGAGGCAUGCAUAACGCGAGCCACCGCCUGGCAGAGAACGAGAGCGAGCCUCAGCUGCCCGACCCACACACGGAUUUACCCGCCACUCGCGCACUCAUCGGCUGCGUCCUCUCCCUGCUCAUCCUUUGGACCCUACUGGGAAACUUCACGGUGUGCGCCGCGGUUCUGCGUUACCGGCACCUGCGCGCCAAAGUCACCAACAUCUUCAUUGUGUCUCUGGCGCUGUCGGACCUCCUCGUGGCGCUGCUUGUGAUGCCGUGGAAGGCGGCGGCAGAGGUGGUGGGGUUCUGGCCCUUCGGUGCGUUCUGUGACACCUGGGUGGCGAGCGACAUCAUGUGUUCCACGGCGUCCAUCUUGAAUCUGUGCAUGAUCAGCGUGGACCGCUACUGGGCGAUAUCCAGCCCGUUCCGUUACGAGAGGAAGAUGAACCGCCGCGUGGCCUUCGUCAUGGUCGGCGUGACCUGGACGGUCUCCGUGGUGAUAUCAUUCGUGCCCGUUCAGCUCCACUGGCACCGGGCUGGGAUUGCCGGAAUCACCGGGAGCGGAGACGAAUUUACCCGGGACGUUACCGGAUAUAACGUCAGCGGGGUACAUCAACUCCACGGGGCGGAGGAGGCGAACGGCGGCGUUGUCGAACACUGGAACUGCGACUCAAGUCUGAGUCGGACUUACGCCAUCUCCUCCUCGUUAAUCAGUUUCUAUAUCCCCGUGGUGAUCAUGGUCGUCACCUACACACGUAUCUACCGUAUCGCCCAGGUCCAGAUACGCAGGAUAUCCUCUCUGGAGCGAGCCGCGGAGCACGCACAGAACUGCCGCUCAGACCCACACGUGGCUGUGGAUGCAGACGGGCACGUGCACGCUUUCCACCAUCAUCAUCAUCAUCAUCCUCCUCCUCGCUCUAAACACCGCUGCUCCAUCUUUCACCAAACUACCAAAUCCCCAAAACACCACCAUCAUCAUCAUCAUCCUGAUCUUCCUCCCCCACAGCGGGCCCUGAGGUACUCCAUUAGGAAGGAGACCAAGGUUCUGAAGACUCUGUCUGUCAUCAUGGGGGUGUUCGUCUUCUGCUGGUUCCCGUUCUUCCUCCUCAACUGUGCCGUCCCCUUCUGCCCAGGUCCAGGUACAGCCUCUAGAACCUCGUCAGACCCUUCCCCCUCCUCCCAGCUGUACUGUGUCAGUGAAACCACCUUCGACGUCUUCGUGUGGUUCGGUUGGAGCAACUCUUCCUUAAACCCCAUUAUCUACGCCUUCAACACUGAGUUCCGCGAGGCGUUCCUCCGCUUGCUGGGUUGCCGUGGAGACAACGGGUGCUUCGGCGGCUGGACGACGAGCGCCACGCGCGUGGAGACCGUUGUCUUGGCGAGCAACGAGGCCGCCGGGACGGAGAAGAAGAACUCGCUCAACACAACUGAGAUGGGCGUGGCUUACGAUACCGGCUGUGGCGCCGGUAGGGGCAGUGUCACAUCUGGUGUAAUCCCCAACCCGGUUAGGGGGAGGGCGCUACCGACACCGUUAAUUGACAGUAGAGGAGCUGUAACGGAGCCGGUGUGUGACUGUGAGGUGGAUCCGGUUAGAGGAAGAGAUGACAGCAGGACGCCACCGGCAACGUUAACGGACCUUAGAGGGACGAUAACGUUACCGGAGCCGGUGUGCGACUGUCCCACGGAGGAUUGUAAAACAGACAUAACGGAUAGGGAACGACGGACUCAGAUGAUCCCCUCACAUACUUUCUGAUGAACUUUUCAAGCUGUGCCAAACUGACUGUACCGUUGAUGUCUGUAGUGGUUUGAUUUACAAUGCAUCCACUACUAGCAUCGGCUCAGCUGUUAAUGGAUUACAUAUAUCAGGAAAAUAGGUUUAUCCAAAACAUUCAAUGGCCAAUUUCAUGAACGAGCAUCGAGGAUGGAUUGAAAUAGGGACAUAUUCCAGGAAUUCUCUAGGCUAAUGUUCUCUUCAACUCUAGUUCUUGAACCACCAAAGGUCUGUAAUAUAUCGCUGAUCUGACCUAUUUUUAUGUAAGUGGUCCCUCAAGGAGAAAGGAUCAACCAUAUUGAGAAACACUGCUGUAGAAUGCCGUUGCAUUAGGUAAAUACCGUUGCUAUAUAAGAGUCAUUCCACAAAUUGCAUUAGGUCAAUAUCAAGUCCUGAUUGGUGUAGGCCUAAAUCUGAGAAAGGGAUAGGUUAGAAGAAUGGAAAGAUUUGCCCUGAGCUGAGCUGUGUCUCGGCUGUGUCUGUGUCUAAAAACCGUCAUUCUCUAUCAUUACGAUCAUAUCUGUUCUGGACCUAUGGGCUUUAUUUGUGGGGGAAGUGUGACACUGUGUGCGUCUGAAAUGGCACCCUAUUCCCUAUGUAGCGCACUACUUUUGACCAGGAUCCAUAGUGCUAUUUGGGACACAGCCUCUGUAUUUCUCAGAUUAUAUGGGAUUAUCUCUCUAGUCUCUGGGGAUCUUGUGUGAUGUCAUGUCACGGUGACGGUGAUGAUGUCCAUCCAGGGUCUUUCUAAGCAUCUAUUAUACAAAGUUUCACAACCAGCGCUCCCCCUCUCUCUC